GCCCCCCUCUCUUCCACUGCGCCUCUCUCUCUCUGCACUUGCAUACAUAUAUCUCUCCCCGCCCCCUCUCUUCUCCUGCGCCUCUCUCUCUCUCUCUCUGCGACAAAACCAGCUAGGUCACUGACUCACAACAAGAGCAUGUCAGAUCAGAUCUCCACUAUAAUCUUAAGGGUCGACCUUGAUUGCCACCUGUGCUACAAAAAGAUCCGCAAGAUUCUUUGCAACCUUCAAGAUCAAGAGAGGAUUAGGACGAUCUCCUUCGACACAAACAACAACGCAGUCAUCAUCGACGGGCCGUUCGAUCCACACAAGCUAUCAUGCAAGAUCAGAUGCAAAGGAGGCAAGGUGAUCAAGGGCGUCCAGAUCAUGGGCGACGGCAAGCCGGAGCAGAUGGCCGGGCCACCGCCGAGCAACAGCCGCAAAAAGAAAUCAAAAUCAAAGGGGAAGGGGAAGGAGUCACCGCCGCCGCCCGCUGAGCAGCUGCCACCAGCAUACCAUCCUCAGCCACCCACCGAGCAGCCACAGACAUACUACCAGCCGCCCCCGCCCACUGAGCAGCCACCGGCAUACCACCAGCAGCCGCCCACCGAGCAGCCACCGGAAUACCACCCUCAACAGCCCACCGAGCAGCAACCGGUAUACCACCCUCAGCCGCCCGCUGAGCAGCCACCGGAAUACCACCCUCAGCCGCCCCCUCCGGACAGAGAGAUGUCAGCGACGAUGCCGGCGGUCAGGGAGGAGGAGAGGCCGAAAGAGCGACCGGCCGAGCUUGAGGCGCCAAAGGAGAUGCAGGUCCACUUCGUGCCAGAAGCAGGGCCGGAGUGCCACAAGAACCCGAGGGAGAGGAGGCACCCGAUGGGAGAGAUGGGGCCGUGGCCCGGGCCGCCGAUGGUGGAGAUCCCCUCGCUGCCGGCGCGGCCUGUGGGCCCGUGCCGCUGCAUGUGCUGCGCGUCAUGCUACCAGGGGUACUACGCAAGUUGCAGGUGCUCAGACUGCGGCAGGACCUACGGCUACACCGCCGCCGUGGCGCUGCCGCCGCCAGCCGGUUGCUACGGUGGCGCACGCACGCCGUACUGCGGCGGAUACAGCGGCGGCUACCGGACUAUCUGCGAGGAGGAUCAACCGGCUGCUUGCGUCAUAAUGUGAUCCGUUCACUGUUUCGUGUUCUUUGCAUGUCUUGAUUACAAAUGAUUCACGUAUGCAGCUGCUAUGCAUGAAUCAUAUUUGCAGGGGGGGGCUUUGCAUGAAUCAUCGCCAACUAUUGAUGCUCUCCCAUUCACAUCAGACAUUUCUGAAAAGACGAGAGAAUCGAUGCCUUCCCUUUUUUUAUUCAAUAAACUUGUUAUUCGUGUUCAAUAAUGUCUACUUUUCAACAUGGUGCCGUCAAACAACUUUGGCAAAUUCUUGUUC